AUGGCACGCCGCUGCGAGCUGACCGGCAAGGGCGUCCUGGCCGGCAACAAUGUCAGCCACGCCCACAACAAGACCCGCCGGCGGUUCUUGCCCAAUCUGCACGACAAGGCGCUGCACAGCGAGGCGCUCGGCCGGAUGGUGCGGCUCAAGAUCUCGACGAGCGCCAUCCGCACGGUGGAGCGGCACGGCGGGCUCGACAACUACCUGCUGAAGACGCCGGACGACCGGCUCUCCCAAGGCGCGCGGCGCAUCAAGCGCCAAGUGAAGACCGUGCGGACGGCGAACGCCGCCGAAUAA